AUGGACUUUUGUUUCUUUUUAAUUGGAUUCCAAGAAUUCAACAAGUCACUUUCAGAUGUAGGAAACAUUCCUUGUUAUUGUGGCCACUGCCAUAAUCAAAGUGCGUUUGCAGUUCGAACUAUUAAUGCGGUGACGCUAUUUUUCAUUCCUGUGUUGCCCUUCUAUUAUUCAAAGAGGUUGAAAUGCAACAUAUGUGGUACCACAGGGAGUCUUGACAAACAAGCGAUCGAACGAUUAAAGAGUGGACAACCGGUGGCUAUAGGAUGA